UCCGUGAGUCGCGCGUCGAUAGUGUUAAUGCACUAACACUUCAUAUCUUGACUUUGGAUUAUUUAUAUCGUAAUAUGUGAUUAUUCAUAUCUUGAUAUCACAUAUCAAGAUAUGAAUAAUCCAAAGUUAAGGUGAAUUAGAUCAUAUAUCAAGAUAUAAAUGAUACAAAGUGCGUAUGAAAUGAUGUACGAGCAGCGAGGCAAUUGCACAAUGUGAUGCUACUAGUUGAAUUAUAUAGAUUUAUAGAAGUCUAAAAAAACUUUCAUUUAACAAACAUAACAAUAGAACUAGAACUUUAUUAUCUCAUGGGGAGGAAUAUUUUUCCGUUGACAAUCUUCUAUAUGUAUACUCAAACAUUUUAAUGAUAUUCAAAAUCAAGAGCGGAAACAUAGUUCACCUCUGAUAAGAAAGAGGAUUUAACAAUGAUAUAUCACUAUCUAACGGCUGAUAUGAUCUGCAAAACUGUUGACAUUACACUGUUCAGUACUAACAGAAUUUGACAAGUUCAUUCAUAAGAUGUAAAAAUCUUGUUUUUGAAAAACAAGAGAGAGGUAGACCUCCCGCAGUCGGCCUCUGAGGCACUGAUAUAUAAAUGCAUGUAUUCUCCCAAGCUGAAUCUUGCACGUUAUCCGGAUGGGGAAUUUUACAUAAUUGCAACAUUUCAUAUAAGUGGGAAAUUACAACUAACGUGUGCGUUAUAUGUAACACACACGAUAUAUUACCUGUUACAAUCCGUUUUAUUAUGGCAAUGUAACAGUUAUGUAACUGUAUUUGCUGGGAAGUAUGUGACAUGCAAUCUAUUGAUGAUAUUGUGGACUCAAAUGACAGAUACAGUAAUCGAGAAAAGCAAAUCGACCAUGAGAUUAUCAUCAGAUAAAGCGGACGUAAAUGUCAAUUCUUCUGAGAAAAGUUAUGAGAAUAACGUCAUAACCACGUGAUUGAUAUCAGUCUUUCAACUACUUCAGAAAUAUAUAAA